CUCAGCUGUAGCCGGGCCGGCUUCGGCGUCGCCGCCAUCUUUGUUGAUGUGUCAGCUCCGCAGGGGUUUGGGGGGGAAAACCUCGGCUGAGAGCCCGGGAUCGGCAGUGGUCUCCGCGCUUGACUUCCUCGCCCCCUCCGCGUCGGCUAGACGCCGCCAUGGACUCGUCGGCCCCGGAGCUGGAGCUCCGUCGGCCUCGGUAGGGUGCGGCCCGGGGCUGGACGACGGACGAUGUAAAUGAAGAUCAGGAGCAGAUUUGAAGAAAUGCAAAGUGAAUUGGUGCCAGUCAGCAUGUCAGAGACAGAGCACAUAGCCUCCAUUUCUUCUGAUGCAACUACUGAGAAAACAUCUGAGUUGAAGGAUGACUCAUGCAUCUCAGUUUCUGGUGACAAAAGCAGUAGAUUAGAAACAGGAUCUGAACUAUUGUCAUUGAACUCUGACAGAGUUUUAUGUCAGACUAAUGAACACUGUAGUCAGAUCGAAGUACAGGAAAGCCAUAUUCCAGACUGUGUCAGUGGUGAGAAUUCUUGUGCUAACACAGACACAUGCCCAGAAAAUUUUGAACAAAUAGAUGACUUUCCUGACAGAGACGUUCCAGAACAAGUGUCAAAAACCAGUGAAGCCGAACCCAUGGUACCACAGAUCCGGGCAGAGGUGCAGUCGUCAGCACCCACAGAACCCACGGUAGCCCAGAUCCUGGCAGAGGUGCAGUCGUCGGCACCCACAGAACCUAUGGUAGCCCAGAUCCUGGCAGAGGUGCAGUCGUCGGCACCCACAGAACCCACGGUAGCCCAGAUCCUGGCAGAGGUGCAGUCGUCGGCACCCACAGAUGCUGGGGAUCCAAAGCCGACCUCAGCAAGCCUCUAUGAUACGGACUGCACCAGGAAACUCAUUUCAAAGACAAAGAUUGUUUCAGCCUCAGAUGAUUUGUUGGGCGAAAUCGAGUCUGAGCUCUUAUCUGCUGCGGUUGCAGACGAACACCAAGUGCCCAAUGGAGUGAAUAAAGGAGAGCGUGCUUUAGCCCUGUUUGAGAAGUGUGUGCACAGCAGGUACUUGCAGCAGGAGCUCACUAUUACACAGUUAAUUAAAGAAAAUAAGAAUCAUCAGGAACUUAUCUUAAAUAUUUGUUCAGAAAAAGACAAUUUAAGAGAAGAACUGAAAAAAAGAACAGAAACAGAGAAGCAGCAUAUGAACACAAUUAAACAGUUAGAGUUAAGAGUAGAGGAACUAAAUAAAGAAGUCAAAGCCUGCAAAGACCAACUAGCCGCACAGGACGUCACAGCUAAAAAUGCACUUCAGCAAAUCCAUAAAGACAUGGCCCAGCGUGUGGACCAGGCUAAUAAGAAAUGUGAAGAGGCCCGUCAGGAAAAAGAGGCCAUGGUAAUGAAGUAUGUGAGAGGCGAGAAGGAAGCCCUAGACCUGCGAAAGGAAAAAGAAACCCUUGAGAGGAAACUUAGAGACGCAAGUAAGGAACUGGAGAAGCACAGUAACAAAAGUAAGCAGCUGUCUCAGGAGAAAGGGCGGCUGCAGCAGCUCUGGGAAUCGAAGGAAGGUGAAACGACUAGACUCAUCAGAGAAAUAGAGAAAUUAAAGGAGGAGAUAAACUCUCACAUCAUUAAAGUAAAGUGGGCACAAAACAAGUUAAAAGCUGAAAUGGACUCACACAAGGAAACCAAAGAUAAACUCAAAGAAACAACUACAAAACUAACUCAGGCAAAGGAAGAAGCUGAGCAGAUUCGGCAAAACUGUCAGGAUAUGAUAAAAACAUAUCAGGAAUCUGAAGAAAUUAAGUCAAACGAGCUUGAUGCAAAGCUCAGAGUCACAAAAGGAGAACUUGAAAAACAAAUGCAAGAGAAAUCCGACCAGCUGGAGAUGCAUCAUGCCAAAAUAAAGGAGCUAGAAGAUCUGAAGAGGACGUUUAAGGAGGGCAUGGAUGAACUGCGGACACUGAGAACGAAGGCAAAAUGUCUAGAAGAUGAACGCUUAAGAACUGAAGAUGAGUUAUCAAAGUACAGGGAAAUUAUCAAUCGACAGAAAGCUGAAAUUCAAAACUUAUUGGACAAAGUGAAAGUCACAGAUCAGUUACAGGAGCAGCUUCAAAGUGGGAAACAAGAGAUUGAACGUUUGAAAGAAGAAAUGGAAAAUCUUAAUUCUUUGAUUAACGACCUACAGACAGACAUUGAAGGCAGCAGGAAAAGGGAGUCUGAGCUCCUGCUUUUCACAGAAAAGCUCACUAGCAAGAACGCACAGCUGCAGUCUGAGUCCAGCUCUCUGCAGUCACAAGUAGAUAACCUCUCCUAUAGCGAGAGUCAGCUGCGAAGCCAGUGUGAGCACAUGAAACAGACUAACGGUGAUCUGGAGAGCAGGUUGCUCAAAGAGGAAGAGCUUCGAAAAGAGGAAGUGCAGACUCUGCAAGCUGAGCUUUCUGCUGCACAGACAGAGGUUAAAGCCUUGAGUACCCAGGUGGAAGAGCUGAGAGAUGAGUUAGUAACACAGAGGCGCAAACACGCCUCGAACGUCAAGGAUCUCAGCAAGCAGCUCCAGCAAGCUCGGAGAAAGUUAGACCAGACUGAGAGUGGAAACUACGAUAAAGAUGUUAGCAGCAUGGGAAGCCGCUCUAGUUCAUCAGGGUCACUUAAUGCUCGAAGCAGUGCUGAAGACCGAUCUCCAGAGAAUACCGGCUCCUCAGUGGCCGUGGACAACUUCCCAGAAGUGGACAAGGCCCUGCUGAUCGAGAGGAUAGUGAGGCUGCAGAAAGCCCAUGCCCGGAAGAAUGAGAAAAUAGAAUUCAUGGAGGACCACAUCAAACAGCUGGUUGAAGAAAUAAGAAAAAAAACCAAAAUAAUUCAGAGUUACGUUUUACGAGAAGAAUCAGGCACACUUUCCUCUGAAGCAUCUGAUUUUAACAAAGUGCAUUUGAGUAGACGCGGUGGCAUCAUGGCGUCCUUGUACACAUCCCAUCCCGCUGACAGCGGGCUAACCCUGGAGCUCUCUUUGGAAAUCAACAGAAAAUUACAGGCUGUUUUGGAAGAUACAUUGCUAAAAAAUAUUACUUUGAAGGAAAACCUGCAAACCCUUGGAACAGAAAUAGAACGCCUUAUUAAACAGCAGCAUGAACUGGAGCAGAGGACGAAGAAAGCCUAGCCAAAGCUUUGCCUCUAGACAGACGAGCCGCAGAGCAGCAGGUGCCACUGUCCAGUGUCCUGACACAGUCCCUGCUCUGUGUCAACUAAUCAAAGAUUGGUUUUGCUUCCCUGUGUAGAGGUGCCCUUUUAUGAAUGGGUGUGUGUGUGUGUGUGUGUGUGUGCGCGUGUGCGCUGUGAGCUCUCUGUGAGCUGAGUAAAGGUCGUUUCUCUGUGGUGCAGUCAGCCACUGAUUGGAUAUUUAAUUUGCUUAUUGCCCUAAAGUGCUAAUCAUUAGUACAGGGUAAAAAAAAUACCUUCACCAAAAUCCUCUCCUUAGUGACUUUGGGAAGUAUUCUUGAAAAUAGAGUGUUCAUCAUCCAGCCAUUCACUAUUUUUGCAACACAAAGAGAAACCUAGAGGAGUAAUAAAGGUUUUCAGCUCUGAUCUGGGCACAGUGAUCGAUUACCCCGUCUGUAGUCCUAGCUACUUCGAAGGCUAAAGAGGAUCUCUUGAGCUCAUGAGUUCAAAGCCAGCCUGGAAACAUCUGAAACCCCAUCACAAUUAGCUCCGGUCACCGGAUAGAUAGCCUUGGGUUGUGGUGUAAGGAUGUGUGAGGACUUCAAUCACUCCUGAGUUUCCUGACUAGUAGACGGAAAGCUGGUGUAGGGAGUUAGCUCUCCGUACCUGACAUAGGUAUAGUUUUCACGUUAGAGUUACGAGUUGAAAGUUUAAAAUCUUUAGUGGUGUAAACUAUGAUUUUAAACAAUAUGUGAACUAAAAUUUUCCUGUGGAUGUGUUCUAUGAUAAGAUGUGACAUGGGUACAGUCAUUAGAGCAGAUGGAUGAAGGCUUUGAGACUGGGAUGCUUUCUGACCUGCCUUAGUUUUACUGACAUUGUGGAGGGGUCCACGCCCGCCCAUCCCCUAAGGACACACUCAGUGUCCUCCAGUGCUUUUCCCAUGUUACUUAACACAGUAUGUCUUCAGCCAAAGGGGUUUUGGAGCUGAAUUGUGUGUCUUGUUGGAUAUUUACAGUGUUCAUGAUGCAGACUUAAAUGUUGCCAAUUGUGGGAUCAGCACUUGUCAUUGAAGUUUUCCUCAAUUGGUAGCUUCUCGUGUCCCAGAACCUAAAACACUGUGUUCUGUUGAGGCUGUCUGUAUCCUGGGAAAUCCUGGAGCGGAUCCAGUAAGCUUCUGUUUGUGUUUGGGGUUUUGGGGGAUUUUUUGUUUUUUGGGGGGUUUUUUUAUUUUGUUUUGUUUUUCCUCCUAAUGAACUUGAGCUUUGGGGUAUAUAACUUUAAAGAAUUGUAUGGGCUCUAGCUGGGCAUAGUAGCAUAUGCCCAUAAUCCCAACACUCAGAAGGUAAAGGGAGAUUAAAGACUAGCCUCAAGUACACAGUGAGUUGGAGACACCUUGGAAGCCUGUACUAUCAUAGAAUUGUGCUGCUCUAAAGAUUAGUCAUGACAUCAGUGCCCCUUUACUGUUUUAACAUUUCCUCAAAUCAACAUUGAUUAUAAAUGUAAUUUACUAAAUACUAGAUGUCAAUAUAAUGUCUUUUUGUGAAUAUUACCUGUUAUUAUCCAAAAAGUAUCUCUUAGCUUCAGUGUAAAAAUGCAUUCAAAGUUGUUUUAUUUUUAAGAUAGUUGUAAAAAGUAAUAGUCAUAUGUCUUGCUCUUUUUAUUAUUAAUUUAUUAGAAUAAAAAAUAAGAGGGUAAGUGCAAUAAAUUCUGAAUUAUUUUUCCAUGUAUUCCCAGACAUACUUGCAGCACUGGGAGGUGGACACAGCACAGGCAGCGCAGCACUGGGAGGUGGACACAGCAUAGGCAGCGCAGCUACACCUCCUGUUUCCUCGGGUGACGCUGAUUCAUGAGCUACAGCAUUUGGGGUUUUUAAUUCUAAGAAACAAAAAUGCAUAGUGGAGACCAAAUAGUGAUCUUGUCCACAGUAUUGUGUACCUAUGUACUUUUAAAAUAUAUACACAUUUGGUAUCGAAUGGGACAAACUAGUGUUAGUAUUUGUACCACCAUGUACUUGGAGAACUUAAUCAUGAAAUAGUUUAAAAAUAGAAUUACUAAAAGCCAUGCUUUAAUCAUGCAUACUGUCCUUCCAUACGUACGAAGCUUAAAAAGCUGAACAGGUUUUGUUUUCUUUUUCGUUAGGCAUCUCCUGUGUCCUUUCAUAUAUGGUCAAGACUGAGUAAAAUAAUGUGUAAAGAAAUGUGCGUGUGUCCAAGAGAACCUUCACUGACUUAUAACAAGCUCCUGGGGUAGAUUUAUUUCUGAAAUUCUUCUGCUCCUAGAAUAUGUGGAGGAGAGCCCUGAGACCACAGUGUGAAUUUAUUUGAUCAUUGUUAGUUACAAAUGUAAAUGACUAUUUUGGUUAUUUAAUGAUAUUUUGGUAUCCUUGGGCAAGAAGUUGGUGUGCACUUCCCUGGUUUUCCUCUGAAAGUGAGUGCUUGUGACUCCUUUUUUCCCCCUACCACUUGAGAUUUUGAGUCUGUUAAAACAGUCUCAAGGAUCAAACAUGGUGCAUUUGGACACAAUGAACACUUGGUUGUAGUUUGGUUUGGUUUCUUGAUAACCAUUUAAAGUGACUCUAUCAGGCUAUACAGGUCAUUUAUUCAUUUAAGAAGUACAUUUGCCUAACUAAACACUUUCACCGGGCACACUACAGGUGCCAUGGUUAUCACUGUCCCUUGGGACUUGUGGUCUCAUGACAACAGCAGGGCAGGUCUUCAGGCCUCAGUCUCGGGCUAAGAAGAGAGUCAUUCUGCUUGCACAGGUAGAUGAGCCCAGUGCUUCAGCCUGACGGAGCUCUGGCCUGGGGAGAGUGCUGUUCCCAUGGUGCUCCACACAUCCAAAGACUGUAAGAAGACAUUAGACUUGUGGCACUUGGUCCUGCCUGACAGGUGCCUGCCUGGUCAUGCUCCUGGAAUGAGUCUGGUCCUGUCAGCAGCCUUCUGAAUUCUCUGUGCAGGCUGGUGGUUACUUUCUAAAUAUCUUUACAAGAAAAUUUAGUCUAAAAUUUGGAAGAAAAAGAUCCCAGAAACUAUUAAUGCUGUAAAUGUGAUCCAUGUUGCCCUAGUAGGGAUAUUUUUUUAUAAAUAAUAACACUCAUGCUUUGGGACUAUUGACUCUACUAAUCUCUUUUUCAAGAAUUUUUUUUUCAGUUCAUUUUCAUACUAGUAGUUAAUUCUUAACACCAGUUGGUGGCACUAGUGACCAAAAAUUGUCAAAGGUGAACAAGAGAAAUAAUUGAAAAAAGGACACUAAAUGAAAACUUGGGUGCACACUGGAAUGUACGCUCCUUUCACGGCUCUCGAGAUGCAUGUGGGCUGUCCUUCGUGACUGCCGCUACCUUCCACUCCUGAGUGCAUAGGUGUCUGCAUUGUCUAGCAACCCUGGAUUACACUGUGCAUUCUGUAAAUACUCUGUAUAAAGCGAUGCUCUUCAGGAGAGCCUGUGUACAUUCUGUACUUAUUAAAUAAGCAGUGCCUGUUUACCAA